UUUUUUUUCUCCAUAUAUACAGGUAUGAUUCAUCCUACAAUAUCCAAAUGUACGAGCUAUGUAUUUAUGUUCUCUUAUCAAUUUAAAUCAGAUUUGUGUUGCCACUUGGCAACCACCAACAUCUGUACUGUACUACCAGCUCAUAGCUAGUUAGCUAGUUAACACAUCUAUCCUCUUUUGUACAUUGACACGCCCAUGCAAUAUGUCACACGGUUCUCAUCUAUUAUUUAGGUAUAAACGUUGGACAGCAUACAAGCAUGUAAUCAAGUUAAAUGUAAAACUUUAUACCGGUAUCUCUUAACUAAUCACAAUGGCCCAGACUGACAUGGACUCUGGUGACGAUGGAGGAGGUGGAGGAGAACCAGAGGUGAUCGUUCAGGCCAGUGUCCUGGGAGGCUUUACCGAGAGCACCGAGGUUCAAGCCCUGAUCUCGAGCCUCCCUGAGGUUCACCAGAAAAUGGUGACACGGGAGUCAGCAAUACAGAGGUUCUUGGUCAUAAUGAAUCGGUAUCAGGAGCAGCCCCAUCUUCUGGAUCCACAUCUGGAGUGGAUGUUGAACCUGCUGUUGGAGGUCAUCAGGAGUGAACAGUCUCCGCCUCUCCUGGUUCACCUGGGCUUCAAGUUCCUCUACAUCAUUUCCAAGGUGAGAGGGUACAAGGUCUUCAUGCAGCUCUUUCCUCAUGAGGUGGCAGAUGUCCAGCCAGUCCUGGAUCUCCUGUGUCGUCAGGAUCCCAAAGACUCAGCGACAUGGGAGACCCGCUACAUGCUGCUGCUGUGGCUGUCCAUGACCUGCCUGAUUCCCUUCGACCUCUCCCGCCUGGACGGUCAUCUGACCUCUGAUCCCAGUCAGGCCAGGGAGCCAAUAAUGGACCGCAUCCUUGCUGUGGCCAAGUCUUACCUGAUGGUCACUGAUAAAUCAAGAGAUGCUGCGUCUGUGUUAGUAUCAAAGUUCGUGACACGUCCUGAUGUGAAGCUGAGGCGUCUGGCAGACUUCCUGGACUGGAGUCUGUCCUCUAUCUCCCAGGCUGAUGACCAGACCAUGGAGGGGACUGUGAUCCUAGAUGGAGCCCUGCAGUCUCUGGCUCAGCUUUUCAAGCACGGCAAAAGAGAUGACUUCCUCCAGUACGCCCCGGUGGUGUUGCAGUGCUUGGAGCGACGCGGCCUGGCCGAGAGCAGCCAAGCAACACUGAGGAAGCUGGGGGUCAAACUGAUCCAGAGACUUGGUCUGACCUUCCUCAAGCCACGACUCGCCAAGUGGAGGUACCAAAGAGGAAGCCGGUCUCUGGUUGCAAACCUGUCCCUGUCCCAGCCCGGCUCCGCUGUGGACGCUGUCACCCCAGACCAGGAGACGCAGGGUCACGAGGAGGACUAUGACAUCCCUGAGGAGGUGGAGAAUGUCAUCGAGCAACUUCUGGGCGGUCUGAAAGACAAGGAAACCAUCGUCCGCUGGUCCGCCGCUAAGGGGAUUGGGAGGGUGACGGGAAGACUGCCCAAAGAGCUGGCUGAUGAAGUAGUUGGAUCAGUUCUGGACUGUUUCAGUUUCCAUGAGACAGACAACGCAUGGCAUGGUGGCUGCCUUGCCCUGGCAGAACUGGGGAGGCGCGGCUUGCUUGUGCCCUCUCGCCUCCCAGAGGUGGUUCCUCUGAUCCUGAAAGCCCUGGUCUACGAUGAGAAGAGGGGAGCCUGCAGUGUGGGUUCUAACGUCCGAGACGCCGCCUGCUACGUGUGCUGGGCCUUCGCCAGGGCCUACGAACCCACGGCGCUCAAGCCUUUCGUCACACAGAUCGCCUGUGCUCUUGUGAUCACCGCCGUGUUCGACCGAAACAUCAACUGUCGUAGAGCUGCUUCCGCUGCUUUCCAGGAGAAUGUGGGAAGACAGGGCACAUUCCCCCAUGGGAUUGAGAUAGUCGUUGCAGCAGACUACUUUGCUGUGGGGAACCUGACCAAUUGUUAUUUGGCCAUCAGUGUGUACAUCGCCAGUUUCCCUGAAUAUACCAGACCUAUGAUAGAUCACCUGGUUUCCAUGAAGAUUAACCACUGGGACGGGGUGAUUCGUGAGCUAGCUACAAAGGCAUUGCAUAAACUGACGGCUCAAGCCCCUGAUUAUAUGACCACAACAGUUUUGCCUCAGUUGUUGCCCGUAGCAAUUGGCAUUGACCUCCAAGGUCGCCACGGCGCCCUUCUGGCUUGUGCGGAGAUCGGACACGCUCUGUACAUAUUGGCCAGUGAGAACAACAGACCGGUGACAGAGCUCAUUUCUACAGACUCUGUGGAGGCACUGAAAGGCAUUCACCAGAAGCUGUCGGACAGAAAGCAGUACAGGGGCUUCGGCGGUGAACUGAUGAGGCCUGCGAUGUGUGCUCUUAUCGAGAAGAUGUCUCUUUCCAAGUUGCCUUCCAAAGACGACCCUGUCAUCACUGGUUGGCAGUGGCUGAUCGACGACACCUUGAAGAGCCUCCAUCUCUUCUCUGCCGGACCCAGGGACAACAUUAAGGAAGCAGCAGUGUCCGCCCUGGCUGCUCUGUGUGAGCAGUGCUACCAGCCCCAGCCCGGCGUGGCCGAUCCCCAGGUGCAGGAGCUCCUGGUGUCCCAGUACAUAGCAGGGUUGAAGAGUCCAGAGGUUCUGACUCGAUGUGGUAGCGCCCUGGCUCUGGGUUCUCUACCACGGUUCAUGAUCAGUGGGAAACUGGACCGGAUCCUGUCAGGGCUCCAACAGAGCAGCGGUCAGAGAGAGGUGAUCUUCUCUGAGGCCAGGAGAGAUGCUGCCAAGGCCAUGGCACAAGUGUGUGUGACAGCAGGGGUGUCCGCCCAAGGCUCGACUGACUCUGUGGUUUGUGAGGGGAACGUCUCCAUGAUCUACAGAGCUCUCCUGGACUGUUUGAGUGACUACACCCUGGACAGCAGAGGAGAUGUAGGAGCUUGGGUACGUGAGGCAGCCAUGACCAGUCUGAUGGAGGUGACUCUGCUAGUGGUUGACACUGCUCCGCAACUCCUCUCUCCAGACCUGGUGAAUGGUAUGAUGUGCAGCUUGGCCCAGCAGUCAGCGGAGAAGAUCGACCGCUACAGAGCCCAUGCUGGCUCUGUGUUCCUCCGGCUCCUCCACAAAGACCACCCUCCAGUACCUCACAUCCCCCACAAAGAGGAGCUGUUGACAAUCUUCCCUCCUGAAGGGGCAGGGACUCUGAACUGGAAAGCCCCGUCCCAGGCCUUCCCCCACAUCACUCAGCUCCUCCGCAUGCCCCAGUACCAGUACCACACCCUACUGGGCCUCACCGUGUCUGUAGGAGGACUCACUGAGUCUACGGUGCGUUUCUCCUCCCAGUCUUUGUUCGACCACCUGAUGUUGAUCCAGCGGGACCCGGACGCAAUGGGACACUUCAGUGAAACUCUGCUGCGCGUCUUCAGAGACAACCUGAGAAAUGACAGAGUGUCGAUCCCCUUCCUGAAGAUGCUGGAUCAGAUGUUGGCUAGGGCCUGUUUUGACACCUUCACCACAGAACAGGACCAUCCGUUCUGUGUGAACCUCCUGGCUCUCUGUACGAAUGAGAUUAAGAAGUCCAAGGACGUUCAGAAGCUACGCUCCUGUAUCGCUGUGUUCUGUGGUCUGAUCCAGUUCCAAGGAAAUGUCCGGGUGAAGGUUCUGUUCCAGCUGCUGCUACUCCUCUGUCACCCCUUCCCUGCGAUCAGAAAGGUCACUGCUGGCCAGAUGUACGAGAUGCUGCUGACCUUCGACGAUGUCAUCGACCCCAGCGUGAUGGAAGAUGUCAUGAACUUGCUGAGCGACACCGACUGGGCUGGCGACAUUGCCACAGUGAGGACUCACCGAAACCAGCUCUGUGAUUGGCUAGGAGUACCGAAGCCCCAGCUCGUUGCUAAGGGUUCUGUCUCGUAGGCAAGAGCUCUUCUCAGCAAGAAAAAAAAACGACAGCACAAGAUCCUUCAUGAGAGCAUUCUGUGUGACCCAGCACUAAGUACAGCAGCAUUUCAAAAAGAUGGCCACGCCUUGUGUUAUGUUCCAAGAGCUCCAGAUACUUCUGCUUUUUGCAUUGUUAAUAGUAUACUAGCACAGUCAAUGAAAUUGGAUUUUUGGGAUUCAGUGUUCCUUCAUCACUUCAUCUAUUCAGCUGAUUGUCUGGAAUAUAUUUCAAUGAUGUCACGCCCUGUGAAUAAACAAUGGAGAACACUA